CGCCGCGCAGUCAGCACGCGCGCCCGACGCUUGUGACAUAUACCGAAACUUUUCACUAGUAUGCCAUGUUCGGACUUUGAGGUGUUUUACGAAAAAGAUGAAGGCGUGGACCGCGACAGAGCAGGACACCUCGUUGCCCUGCUGCCGCACGCUGCACAUCAAGCAUGCGGCAUAUGCCAGCGCACUCUAUACAUUGAAUAUAUCAAUAUUAGUGGUGCUGUUAUAUAGUUGGAGGAUUGGAGUUAAUGCCAAGAGGUAUAAGGAGUUGGACGAUGUUUAUUAUGGUGUACAGAUAGCGUAUUUUGCAAUUAUAGGAACCCAAAUGUUCAUGAUUAUGCUCAGCAUAAUCUUAUUCUACGGGAUUUAUAAAGAAAACGUGGCGUUCUUGGUCCCGUGGGUGGUGGGCUGCAUGACCUUCAUGGCUUUAGAAGCCAUGGCCAUGGUCUACUCCAACAUCCUCAGAGAUCAUGUUAACAGACAAUUCGACGCUAUGUGUAAAGCAGAGAUAUCAUUUUUAAUACCAAGAAUACUUCUAAACUGCCUAUGCAUCUGGUGCGUGCUUCGGCUGUACCACCUCCUCCGUGCUGGCGUCACUUGGAAAGGUGCUGCGGCCAUCGAACUGUGACUAUUGGACGACAACCCCCCGGGGCCCCGCGAGUCGACGUUACUACUUGGGGGGGCUGAGAGCGAUACUGACGCUAGUCUUCACUCGCUCUGACUAAUCUAUCUCUUUCUAACAUCUGUCUGAACGAGAUCUGAGAGAGACCCAAAAACAUACUAGGCAAAAAAGAGGAUGGCUGAAAAUUAUACUGGCGUUGAACUUUCAGUUAAGAAAAAAAAUUUUGCCGCAUAUUAUUGAUAAUUUUAACAAACGUUUGCGUUUGUGUAUCAAAACUAAAGGAGAAUAUGUUGAAAAUAUUUCGUUUUGAUUUAGUUAUAAAUGAUCAUAGUUUUAAUUUUUAAUGACAUUUUGUAAAACGUCUAGGUAUGUGUAAGUAAGAAAAAUAUAUGAAAAAAUUGUCAAUGUAUAUUUGGGCCAUCCUGUAUUAUUUUGUAUAUUUAAUAAGUCUACUAUGACUGACUUUCAAUUCGAAUAUCAAAGUUCGAAAUCGAAAACGUGACGAAAAAUCGACAAUAUAACGAGCUAUCACUAAAACAUCUUCAAAAUAAGCUCAAUAAUAGGCCCCGUGCAUGAACUAUAGGGGCAGCAUAGGAGCCGUCAGAUUAUAGGCGCGAGGCGUAAAUGUGUCGUUUAUGCUUCCACGUAGCCCACAAGAUGGCAGAACCUACUAUGCACAAGGAAACGUACCGACGAGAACGGUAGAUGGUAGCACUUGCUUUGGCAAUGUACAUGUGCACAUAUGUUUGCGAUUCAGACCACAAGAUGGCAGACCCUCCAACGCGCACGGUCCCUUAAGCGACGCCGAAAGGGUUAAUACUUGCAUGAUGAAAAUUAGACAGUGCACAUUUUUUUGAUUGAGUAAGUAUACUUAAAUUAGAGUUACUGCUUUUGUCCUAUUUUAAUAACGAAACAAUAUUCAAACUCCAUUUUUUUAUUUAAAAUAACACGUUUGCCGCUGCAGGUCAAAUCGGCCCGAUGCGAAUACGAAUGCUUAAUUGCCGCAGCGAAAGUGUGAAAAUUGAAAAUUUGUGCUCUGUCUGAAAUGCCACACUGUAUAAUAUAAUUGUAAAUACUGUUUGUCUGUAAAUGUUCCAAGCUGUAAAUAAGUUCCUUGUAAUAGAUAUUCGUAUAAAAGUUAAGUUAGAAAUAGUGGAAUUCAGAUUGCAAAAUGUAUUCAAGUUUUGAUAUUGUUACGACUCCCGUGCACCAAAUAUAGUGCGAGACAUAUAUUAAUGCGCCAAAUGAGUCAAAAUGACACACGCAGUCCAACCAAAACAAAAACAAUCAAAUAUCAAAACUUUUACAGAUUUUGAAAUCAGAAUACCGCUCAAGCUUGCCGCUUGUAUAUACAGAGGCAAUUGUGAAAUUGUUAAUGCCUUGAUUUUAUAAUAUACGGUGUUAUUAUAUUAAACUAUUAGACAGUAAAGUGUUAAGGUGAUGUUCGGAUGUCGACUGCAGCAGAAUUACUGUUGCGGCGUCGUUAUAGCCCCGUGUUUCUUCCAUUCUUUCAUAAAAUGAAGUUCGCUGCCGUAUUACUCCGUGAUCAUGAAGCCCG